AUUUGCUAUCGCCUUCUCCGAGAAUAAAACGAGAGCGGAGCAGACUGUAUUCUUCGAAGAGAGACAGAAAUGGACGUGAAACAAGCUGGCUCGUCUCUGGACUCUCUGAUUUCCUCAUUCAACACUCGAAUAGUGGAGCUCCAGCAAUUCGUAAUUGCCCGCAACAUGUACCCAGCAAGCAGCAUCAGUGAUUUAUCAGAAAUCGACUCUGCCGUGAAGGGAAUGGAGCUCCAGGUCCAAAAAAUCAAAGAUAGAUUGCGGGAAGAAACACAAGCCCUUCCCAAAGCUAAACUUCCGUAUAAUCUCUUCAAAGAUAGUUUGAUCAGGCAUGCAUUUGCUUUAGAACCCUCUAUGGCACCUUUCCAGAGACAAUACACAGUAGCAGAACAAUAUAAUUCAAGCACCAAAAUAUCGAGGUCCUCACCCUCCACCAUGUUAAUGUGCCAAUUCAAUUUGUACCUCCAUGCUCAGUCCCUCCAAGAGAAGAAGGGUCGUGCUUCCCCUCCAAUGUGGUACAUUACUAGCGAUGAACUGGAUGCUUUGCCAUCCUACAUGAAACAAAGGCUCACUCUGGAUAAGGUAAAUGCAGCAAUUAAUGACAUGGCAACAUAUGCUGAAGCAAAUGCCCAGAUUAUCAUGGCCCCAAGAAAGAAGCUAUCGGAGAAUAUGUUGGACAGAGCUCUGGAAUUAAGGGAGAUCUCGAGGAAUGAUGUAGUGAAAGGAAAACAUUUCUUUCUGGAAGCUGAUAUUAAAGGGCCUGCAUUGAAACUUGAUAAUACAGGGAAAGCAACACUGACAGUACUUCGGCACCUUGGUCGUAUAAGUGAAAGUCGGAUUGGGCAUCAUCGUGUCAUCAUUCUUCUAAAGCCUCAAUAAUUUACCAUUCUCUGUUCAAUCAACUGAAAGUCAUUGCAGUUUAUGGUUCGUAUUUUUAUACUUAAUAUCCAGACAGUAAAGAAUGCUCCAUGGAAGAUGACUGCUUUUGAACAUUUUGAUUUUAGGGCAAAAUGUGUCUUAUAUAUGGCAUUGUAGUUAGUCCCCAACCACUAAAAUAUUAUAGCUUGAAAAUAUUCAUUAUGAAAAUAUUCGUGUUUUUACUAUUUUGACAUUUAGUGUAUGUUGAGAAUUUGUUUGAUGAUCAAAG